CAACGGACUCAGCUCCGCAAACAAUCGAAAGUACACAGAUAAUUGGAAAUGAGUUUCCUUCUUCUUCCUUCGAAACCUUGAGAUAAAAACUCUAGAAAUAGAAGGAUGAGAUCAUCGUCAUCUUCUUCGUCGAAGCAUGGUGCAGAGAACAACCGUGCCAUCAGCGGCCACAUGAUCACACUACAUAAACGCCUUUACCAUGCCCUCAACAUUGGAUUCAGAUGUUGUGAUGACAAAGGACGAAAAUGGCACUGUACAGAUAUUGAGAUGCAGAGACUUGUAGUUCGCUCAAUUGAUGCAUUUCUUGAUUGUAUCUCUAGUGAGACAUCACAACACCCACUUGUAAAGGAUUCAGUUGUUGAUAUUGUUGGGGCAUUGGAAGGUAUUCUUCAAUUCAAGAAUGAAUCAAUAAUGAGGUUGGCCUCAUGUGUGGCUGUAAAGAUGGUCAGCGUUUUACCUUGUUCAAUACUCCAACCUCAUAUUUUGGAUCUUGUUCAUCCUUUAUCGUCUUUGUUGUCUUCCCGGCAAUUGCAAGUUCCUGUUUCAUGUGCAACCGCUUUGAGUUCAAUCCUUUCAAACCUGACUUUUAAAAGUGAGAGAGACGUGUGGGAGAUCUUGAAAGAAACAAACUCAGUUGUUAAUCUCGUCCACAAUAUAAAAGUUUUUUCCGGUGCCGAUAAACCAAUUGAGUAUUUUCAACAGAUGGCUUCUCUUUUAAGUAAAAUACUGUGGCGAUGGCCACCCUCAAGGUUUUGUGUCUGGGCUGAUGCUACAUUGUUGGAGGUUUUAGAAGCUCUGAGUCUGAAGCCUGAAUAUUCUGUCAAAGUUGCUGUUUUGCAGUUGUAUUCUUCUUUAGCUUUAUGUGGUAAUGGGGCUAAGAAGCUUCUGGAAAAUGGAGAAACCCUUCUUCACAUGAUGAUGGACUCAAUGGAUAGUUCUAGACCUCAUUUUCUCAGGAUGGAGGGUUUUAAACUUGCUCAAUUAUUAGCGAUGAGUGAACAAGGAUCUUUUAAAAUGGUGAUAUUGUGUUGUGAGCCCCUUGUCAAGGCCAUAAUUUGUGGAAUGAGCAAUUUGAGUUUGCAUUCUGGAAAGCUUGCUAAAGACCAAAUGAUUUUAGUAAUGGAGGCAUGCCGUUUAACCCGGAUCGCCCGUUGGGCGGGGGAGCAUCACAGUUACUUUUGGAAACUAGGUGUUGGCAGAGUCCUUAUUGAUCUCCUUCUAAACAAUUUUCACAAAAUCCACCAAUCUCAACUUAACUGGUCAUUGAAAGAACAGAUAGUAAUGGCACAGGAGGGUCUCAACGCAAAUUUUCUUCUUGUUCUGAGACCAUAUGUUUGGGAUAUUCUUGGAUGGCUUGCAGCAAAUUGUGCACAAGAUUUUGAUCCCAAGAUGCAUGGAGAUGAACUCCACAUUAACAUCCUUAUUAUAUGUGCAUGCUUGGCUUUUGUGGAAUCAAUUCGUUCAGCACGUCAAAUUUUUCAAAAUGGUAUCAGCAAUGUAUAUGGAAAAGAAUCGGCAUCUAGAACAGUUCUUAUGAUGAUUUAUUCUCCCUGCAAGUACAUUGGAUCCCAAGCCAGAUUAGUACUGUCUGAAGUACUGAAGCCAAAUGGCAAGGAGUACAUUAAGUACUUCUUAGAUACUCUAAAUGCCACAUCGUCUGGAAAUAAGUUAGGAAUGCCUGAUACCUGUCAGGCUGUUAUAAACUUGAUUAGUUUGACAUGUUGUUUAGGUCUGCCUCAAUAUCGGAAGCGCGUUACACAAGCUCAAGGGAUAGAGACACUUUUGGCCUUUAUUAGGUGGUGGCUAAGCAACCCUGUCCACAUAAAAAGGUUGAGCAUGGCACCUCAUUGGCAAAAUCCUUUCAGUGAGAGGACUUGUUGCUGGAUUUGUGGAGAAGAUUGGGAAGGUGAAGACAUGCUUCUGCUUUUCAGUCUGUGGGGCCUCGCUGAGUUGAUUCACCAUUCUGGUUCUUCAAAAACUCAGGAAGAUUUGUUUGGCAGUCAAACUGAUUAUAGUGAAGCUCAAUUUGUAAGUGAACUCCAGGAGAUAUGCAGUAAUGCUGAUACUCCUGGACCAAGAUGGUAUGCAGCUAACAUUCUUAGUUAUUUUGGACUGUAUGGCUUUCCCAGUAAACUUGGGAAAAGGAUUGGCAAAGCACUCAGUGAGAAUGGAUAUACGGAUUUGGAACUCAUUCUGACAAGUCAGGAGUCCGUAAGUGUUCAUGGAGUAAUUCUUAUGGUUCGAUGUCCAUCGCUGCUGCCUCCACUUAAAAAGAAACCAUCUGGUGCUUCUUUUGUUAGUCAGGAUACCGAGACAUGUAAAAAUUUCAUAACUGAAGUCCAUCUCUCUGCCCAUGUGGAUAAGACAGGACUAUUAAAGGUGCUAGAAUUUGUCUACUUGGGAUACCUACAAGCAGGAGAAGAUCUUAUGAAGAAGUUAAAAAUUUUUGCUAGGCAUUGUAACUUGCAAUCUCUAUUGCAAAUGCUUUGCAGACGUCGUCCAAAAUGGGGCACUCCUAUUCCAAGCUUUGAUCUUAGUGCUGCUCUUGGGCCUGCUGGACAUCGUUUUUCGUAUGGAUUUUUCCUUCAUAGUCUAUAUAGAGCAUUUUAGUUUUGUGCCAGAUAUGAACGAUCAUUCUGUUCUUGCUUUGCACGUUCAAAGGAGAGGCUUCAUAAUGGCCCACCAUUUGUACUGCAUACAAAACAAUGUAUGCCGCCUUCUUCUUCAAUGUGGCCGUCUCAGCUGACAGCCUUAAGGCGGGACAUCUCCUGUCAUCUCUUUGGCUGUCCAUUGUCCAAUGAAUGAAACUGCACUAAUUAAUUUGGUAGUUAGUGACCAAUUAGUUACUAUAUCUGAACACAAGUGCCACUGCUUCAGUGGUUGUGGUCCAGUAACCUUGAGGUUGUGGAUUUAAACCUGAGGGCGACCACCUUUAGCAAAUAAUGUGAAAGGUUAGGUCCGGAUGUAAUCUGUCCCUCCCAGACCCCCUUUAAUGGGGAUUAAUUGGUUUUUUUUUUUUUUUCAUUAGAAGAUAUGAAUCGAGAAAUAGAAGAUCUUUGCUAUCUUACAUCAUUCACCAUGAAUAUCCAUGGUGUCUUGGUUUAUAGAGUGACCUGUUCAGUCAAGGAGAGGAAGAGUAUCUAGGUAGAGAGUAUUUUCAAUACACUACCACAUGGCAGUUUUACGUGUUGAAACGUAAGGAUUUUAAUUGAAGAUGUUUUCCUCUUUCAGGGACAUCAUCUUGGAAGCUAAAUCGACUGAAGUUUUGCACUGGAGAUGCGAUGUUUGCUCAGUACUGGCGCCACAUAUGCAUGUUCACAAAGUUAUAUUGUGGUCAAGUUGUGAUUAUUUUCAGGCCCUGUUUCAAUCAGGAAUGCAAGAAAGCCAUUCACAAACCAUUGAAGUCCCCAUAAGUUGGGAAGCUCUUGUUAAAUUUGUUCCCUGGCUUUAUUCUGAGGAACUGCCUAAGCCCAGCUUCGGCUGUUUGUGGGAUAAUUUGGAUGUGGAGGAGAAGCUAAAUGAACUGCAACCAUAUGUAGAGCUUUAUUGGCUUGCUGAAUUCUGGCUCUUGGGAGAUUUUCGUGAAGACUGCUUCAGAGUGAUAAUAUCUUGCUUGGAUUCUGCUAGAUAUUUGUCUAUUAAAAUCAUCCAAACUGCUGCUAAUUUGUGCCAGUGGAAGUUGGCUGAAGUUGCAGCAAAUUAUGUGGCCCCUUGGUAUCAUCGUCUACACAACUCUGGUGAGCUUGAUUCUUUGGAUGAAGAUCUUGUUGAAAUGAUCCGUGCUGCCUCUGUUCGACUUUCUCAAGAGGGCAGCCUGCAGACAUUUCCCUAGAUGUCUUCUGUCUAGUUGAUAGAAUAUGUUAGGACAGCUUAGAAAUUUCAUUGGAUGCUUAUUUUCCGGAGUCCCACAGGACUAUGGUGCAAUUAUUGCAUACAAUUAUAGUAUAGGCAUUGUGUGUUCUGGAUGAAAUUUUAGGGUUAGAUAUGCUUUUCAAAAAAGGGGUAAUAUUCAGAUAUGGAUUAGUUUAUAGAUUACCUAGUUAAAACCCGUUUGGGGACAGAUUCAAAAUUUUGUAAUAGAGUUAGAAUGUCAUAGAAGCAACUUUAUACAAUGAAUGAAACCUCAACG